GAAGUUUGCAGAUCAGGUACAAGCUAAAUAGACAUCAAGAACCCGAUGUUGUUAACUUUGAUUUCAAAAACAUGGCAGAUGGGCAGCUUCACCACAUAAAGAUUAACAGAGAAGAAGCAGUGGUCUUUGUGGAGAUUGACGAGAAAGCGAGGAGACAAGUCCACCUUGCAUCAGGUACAGAACUCAGUGCGGUCAGAUCCCUUGUACUGGGCAGGAUUCUAGAUCAUUCUGGAACAAGAGAUGACAGAGAACCCGUCACUAACACAAUCAAGAGUGACUCUGCAGUAAUUGGAGGUUUGAUAGCUGUUGUGAUCUUUAUCUUGCUGUGCAUCACUGCCAUAGCUGUCCGCAUUUAUCAGCAGAAAAGGUUAUACAGAAGAAAUGAGGCAAAAAGGUCAGAGAAUGUAGACAGUGCUGAGGCUGUUUUGAAAAGUGAGCUUCACACACAAAAUGCAGUCUGUGAAAAUCAGAAAGAGUACCUCUUCUGA